CGAACUUCAUUUCCCAGGAGAAAAUGCAAUUUGUCAGUUUCUACUGUCUACGAGCUCAGACAGGCAGUGCAAGGGAGGACUCAUCGGAACCGUGUCAAUUCUGUCUGUUUUACAACGAUUAUUGCAUUUGCAGUCAAAAGAGGCAACAUUUAAACUCACUUGGUGUGAAUCUCUAGCCCCCCGCCCGCUACCCUUGCACAGAGAUAUGAGCGGCAGCGGGCGGCCCAGAACUAGCUCGUUUGCUGAGCCACAAAGUAAUCCCGGAGCCGCUGCAGCAUCCACCGGAUCAGCCGCUGCGGUGGGGAGCAGCACAGGAAAGACCGGGGUCCAGCAGGCCUCGGGGAGCAGUUCGUCUGGAUGCUCAAAUUUAAAGCUGGCCAGGGACAGUGGGAAGGUGACUACGGUGGUGGCCACAUCUGGGCAGGGUCCCGACCGCCCACAGGAGGUGUCCUACACGGACAUCAAGGUGAUCGGGAAUGGCUCUUUCGGUGUGGUGUACCAGGCACGCCUCAUCGACAGCCAGGAGAUGGUGGCCAUAAAGAAGGUGCUGCAGGAUAAGAGGUUCAAGAACCGAGAGCUACAGAUCAUGCGAAAGUUGGACCACUGCAAUAUCGUGAGGCUGCGCUUCUUCUUCUACUCUAGUGGAGAAAAGAAGGAUGAGGUGUAUCUCAACCUGGUGCUGGACUUUGUCCCGGAGACCGUGUACAGGGUGGCCCGGCAUUUCAACAAGGCCAAAAGCAUCAUUCCUAUCAUUUACGUCAAGGUGUACAUGUACCAGCUUUUUCGCAGCCUGGCCUAUAUCCAUUCCCAGGGUGUCUGCCAUCGAGACAUCAAACCCCAGAACCUGCUGGUGGACCCUGAAACUGCCAUCCUAAAGCUCUGUGACUUUGGGAGCGCGAAGCAGCUCAUUCGCGGGGAGCCCAAUGUGUCGUACAUCUGCUCGCGGUACUACCGCGCCCCAGAGCUCAUCUUCGGCGCCACCGACUACACGGCCAACAUCGACAUCUGGUCGGCGGGCUGCGUGCUGGCCGAACUGCUACUGGGACAGCCCAUCUUCCCCGGGGACAGCGGAGUGGACCAGCUAGUGGAGAUCAUCAAGGUUUUGGGAACUCCGACACGGGAACAGAUCCGAGAAAUGAACCCCAACUACACAGAGUUCAAAUUCCCCCAAAUCAAAGCACAUCCCUGGACAAAGGUGUUUAAACCUCGCUCCCCUCCGGAGGCUGUCGCCCUGUGCUCGCGCCUGCUGGAGUACACCCCGGUCACCCGCUUUUCACCCCUGGAGGCCUGCGCUCACGCCUUCUUCGACGAGCUGCGCCAGCCCAACGCCCGGCUGCCUAGCGGCCGACAGCUGCCCCUGCUCUUCAACUUCAGCACCACUGAGCUGUCAAUCCAGCCCCAACUGAACUCCACCCUAAUUCCUCCUCAUGCCCGCGCACAGUCCAGUUCAUCUGUAGAUGGCUCUGGGUUAGACGGCUCCUCUCAGCACAGCUCAGUACCCGGAUCACUCAACAACAGCACCUGAAACAUCCCUGCCAACCCUCUGUCUGCCAGCCCCCCCCCCCCCCCCCCGCACACACACACUAUAUUGCUUCUUUCUACUUCGCUGCUUGUUAUUUCUCCCCAUCGGUUACAAACAUACCUUUUUGUACUGUACAUACAUUGAACAAACCAUUUAUAGCGUUAGAGGGUAUCAUUAGCUGACACGGUAGUUUUGUUACAUUCAAUUGAAACUAGAUCAGCACUACAGGCAGAGUUCGACACACACACACACACACACACACACACACACACUUUCUGAUGUAUUGAUGACACCUUAAGUAUUAUUCCACUCCCUGGCUGCAUCUCCUUUGGCCCAGCUCCCUCUUUCUCUCUGCCUGUUUAUAACACUCAUGUUCCUGCUGUUGAGGGUUCAGUAGGUGGGGCAGGUCCUCUCUAUAAUUAUUUUUAUUUUAUUUUUUUAAAUCAAGUUUUUUUUUUUUUUGGUCUUUUUAUUCUAAUGUGUAUUUAUUUAACUGAAGACUUCAUGAAGUGUUCUGCCACAACCACACACAAAUUCUACAGGAGUUUGUCUCUACAAGCUAGUUGAGGUGUUUCCCUGUUACAGUCAUUUGUAGACAAAUUGGAUAAAAUGGUUCUGGUUGCCACAUGGAGGGAGGAAGAUGCUGUGUUUUGUUUUAAUACUUUUUAUAAAAUUAUAUUUAAAAAUAUGAAAUGACAGCUGCUUAAUUUUUUUUUCCGUUUAUUUUUAUUUUUUGCUUCGAAGGCACUGUGAAUUUUUACAUGGAAAGGGGAGGGUUCAAGUUUAUAAUUGGUAGCCAUACUUGCUAGCAAAUUUCCAGUGUGUGUGUUGAGGAUCUGAAGGAAAGGGUUUGACAGAUGGUGAGGCUGGUGGUGUUCGUGUGGAGACUGAGACAUCCAUGAUUCACAUCUGUGUAGCAGCAUCUCUCAGACAGUCCCAAACUGAGCCUCCCUUUACUGUCCAUGGGAAGACAACCACCUAUAGGACCUUCAUUUCUGUAUUUAAGACUGCUGUGGUAGUGAAAUGUCACCUUCCUGUUGGCUUCAAUAUAUGGCAUACCAUAAAAGAUAUUGUAUGGUGAGGUUACAUGUUUGAUUUCAAAAUCUGGUUCUGGCUAAUUUGGCACUCAUGCAUUCAUAGCAUGAACUCUCCAGAACUCCUGAUUUUUAAAAAAUGUUUUAAAAGUAUAUACACGCUGUGCUUGACGGCGUGUAUAUAGAAAGUGGACUUUCACAGCACACUUGUUAGAAUCUUUGUCAGUGUUGCACCCAUCUACAUUGUAGAGGACCAAGGGAUUAUCAACUAUGGGUUCAGCCAUGUGGACAUACCAGUAUCCUACAUGGAGUAGCUGACUCCAGUUUGGACAUUUGAAACAGACCAUGAUUCCAGUUCCGUUCUGUUAAUUCUCAAAUGGAGUCGAGAUCGUGUGUGUGUGUGUGUGAAGACGCGUACUCUGUUACUGGUGUAGUGUGGCCGAUAGCGAGUUCAUAGUAGCCCUACAGUCUUGUGCUUGUGGGAGUGAAUGAGAAUGAGUGAGAAAUUGAAGCGGGUGAGGGAAUGGCAGUGGUUUUUGUGUGUGUGUGUGUGUGUGUGUGUGUGUGUGUGUGUGUGUGUGUGUGUGUGUGUGUGUGUGUGUGUGUGUGUGUGUGUGUGUGUGUGUGUGUGUGUGUGUGUGUGUGUGUGUGUGUGUGUGUGUGUGUGUGUGUGUGUGUGUGUGUGUGUGUGUGAUGAUAAUGUGUUGUUGUUCAUGUGAAUAAUCGUACUCUGAAUCCAAUCUGCACCGUUUUGGAAAGCCAGUGUUGUAGAUUUAGAUCAGUUCUCAGUACUGACCACUUGAAAGCUUUCUAGUACAAGCGUGUUAUGAUAUCGUACCACCUCUACCACCCACUUGUAGAAACAACCGUCACAUGUGCUGACGUUGGUUUAAAGAACACAUUUUUCCUCUUAUCUCUCUGAAGCCAUCUUCUUCCUAGCCCGGAAUCCCAAUUGAUUUGCGUGAAAUGGAGCAUAUUGGUUUGGAUUCCUUUUCUUUUCUUCUCCCGCCCUGUAAAUAUCACCAACUUUUAAUUUCCCCUCGUUAUUUUUAUUACAGUGUUUUUUAUUUUUCCGUUACCUGUUGAACUCGUCACGGACCACUUUCAGUUCCAUUCAAGUCUGUAAAUACAAUCAGUUUCAAUGGCCUGAUUUCAAGAUGUAAAUACGAAACAAAAGACCACAUUUUCCCUCCCUGUUUGUUGAUUUCUCUCUCUCCUCUCUCUCUGGUCGCGCGCCUCCAGAACGUGUGAUUGUACUGUAUCUCUCGGCUUUAUUUAUUACCUCACUUGGUGUUCUCGUGUAGGGAGAGGUUGAGGCACCGACUGUUUUGUGGGCAUUAUGUAGAGUGUUCCAGAAUACAUGUACUGUACUUGGAACCCACGACAUUGGUAUGUUUGGAAAGUUGGACUGAAAAUGUUUGGUUGGAUAUAUCCAGAUUUGAUCAGACUAUAUCUGUGGUACGAUUCCAACUAAUAUAUUUCCCUGGUUUUUAAUGUUGUUUUAAAAAAAAUGUUUUAACCUUAAGUCACCUACGUACUGACCUUUUGACAGGGAAAUGUGAUUGUGGGCUGUGAGUUUACCAGACAACCAUUUGGCGAAUGCACAGCCCCUGUACCCAUUCAUUACAAUGGGCGCCCAAUGUAAGAGAUUUAAAUUGUGUGAAAGUGUCAUGUUGUACUGCAGAGAAGCCAUAAUAAAUGUUUAAAAAAUACCCGCUGGAUGUGAAGGGUAAACCUGAGGGCCUUGAUGGCGACACGGGGUCGGAUGGUGCAGCCAGCCUCCCUCCCCUGACAAUGCCUACGCCCAUCACGGACAAUUCCGACUUGCUGCUUUCAAAAUGUCAGCCACGGACAAAAUGCAGCGACUUCAGUAUGAACCAGUUAUCAACCCCCCCUCCCUCCUGUUCUGUGUGUUGAUGUACAUGCCUUUUUGCUGGUUUCAUAACUAAAUCUCAGCAGGAUCAGGCUACUAGCUAAUUAUACUAGAAGUACCCUGUUCUGUGUAUUGCAAAACAAGUGAGGUCACUUUUUAAUGUUCUGUGAGUAAAAUUGUUAUCAGUAAUUUUUCAUUCCAAUCCUGUUUCUAUUGUAUCUUCCUGGUCAGGAGACCUGGUGUGCUUUUGGGACAGAGGGAGGAGAGGGAAGGAGGGAGAGAACCCAACGAUCUGUUUUUGUCUGUAUGAAAUGAGCUCAUUUAAUAAAGUGAUAACUCCUA